AUGUCGAACUCCCCACCAGUGAAGACCCCGACUACUACGGACAGCGGACAGGAGAUUAUCUCUAUGAGUUUGCCUGGAGAGUCUGCUUAUCGUCUCUUCUCAAAGGAAGUAUUUGACCCCACUUCCAUUUCCAAUGUGGAUGGCUACGAUGAGAAGUAUCUUGAGCCUACGAGAGGGACUUUGAGAGAAAUACCAGAUCUUAUCUACAAGGAACUGAAAAUCAUGUUUUUCGAGGAUUCCGCAGCACAGAUACGCAUGUGUUCAAAAUUCAAGAUUGGAUGGCGUGUAGAUCACUGCAUGACAACGAUCAACACUACAUACCUAUCAAAGCCUUUAAAUAAUGCUUAUCAUCUCGACAACUGGACAAAUAAAGAAGCAAUGGUCUAUUUUGAACACAGGUCAGUCGAUAUUUCCGAUAGCCAACGGAUCGCCAGGUAUAUAUUCCGCGAGUGGUUGCGACUCCACAAUGGUCGACCAUUCUUCCAGCGCGGUGGCUUUUUUGGUAAACCUUUACGCCUACACGAGAAUGGCCCUCAAAGUCUCCAAGAGAUCUCCACCUUUCAUAGCGAUCUCUCUCAUCACGUAUCGACUCACGUAGAGCACUUGGUGGAGUUCAAGGAGUCCAAAGGGUUCAAGUCCAGUUACCCUGGAGAGCCAAUUCCUAAGGAUGAAACUCCAGGCGACAUACGAUCUUGGCGAGAGCAUGGCUACCACAUGUCACAUCUGUUCCGCGCCCUGUACCUGGUUGUUGAUAAGCAAUCGCUGCCUGAAAAUACAGGCAUUUCCCAUGAACUGCCAGGUCUGGAAGGCAAUGACAGGAUUCAUAAAUUGGACCAUCUAGUGGAGAAAGAGGUAGAGCGGUGCACAAUUCUCCUUGUUAAAACUGGGGAUGAUGCACAUCUCUCUUCGCCCAUCAGUUUUCUGCCAUUGUUCGAGGGUGGGCUGGCAAUGAAUGUCGACCGUGAUGACUACACUGGUGGUCCUGAAGACGAAGAAACAGCCGUUCGAGUAAAACUAGACGUCGCGGUUCGUUUUAUAUGGGAUUUACUGCAGAGGGAGAAGGAGUCCAUUGAUGAGCUGGAGAAGAGGGACCAAGUGUUGGAAGAGGAACAAGAUACUCGGUUUCAAGCCUGGUUAGAGGAUGUGGUGUCUCACUCGGAGGAAGUGGGAAUGGAUCAUAACCUCUUUAUGUGGUUUGCUUCCCGCCGUGCUCUUGCGAGGGCAAAUGGCGAGGCUUUAGACAAAGAACAGGUAUAUCCAGUUUGGGAGCGAUUGAGGAACUGGGAUUUAUAG